AUGCACCACCGGAACCUUCAGCGCAACCAGGUUUCUACCCGGACCGCGAGAAACGGCACUUCCGGUGUUUGUCCGGCUUCUGUUGUGGAGUCGGAUUGUUUGGUUCCGGCACAGUUUGCAUGGAUUCUUGACGCAGUUGUGCUUCUGUGGAUGUUCAAGAAGAUGGGGAAGCGAGUGAAGGGAGUGACCAUCGUCAAGCCCAUUGUGUUCGGCAAUGUCGCGCGCUACUUCGGGAAGAAGCGCGAGGAGGACGGACACACGCACCAGUGGUCCGUCUACGUCAAACCUUUCAUGAACGAGGACAUGUCCGCGUAUGUGAAGAAGAUCCAGUUCAAGCUGCACGAGAGUUACGGGAACCCUCUGCGAGUGGUGACCAAACCUCCGUACGAGAUCACAGAGACCGGCUGGGGGGAGUUCGAGAUCAUGAUCAAGAUUUUCUUCAUCGACCCCAACGAGAAACCGGUCACCAUGUAUCACCUGCUCAAGCUGUUCCAGUCCGACUCCAGUGCCAUGCCCAAGAAGACGGUGGUCUCUGAGUUCUAUGACGAAAUGAUCUUCCAGGAUCCCACAGCAAUGAUGCAACAGCUGCUGACCACGUCCAGACAACUGACGCUGGGAGCUUACAAGCACGAGACCGAGUUCGGGGAGCUGGAGCAGAAGACCAAGGAGAAGCUGGAGGCGGCCAAGAAGAGGACGAGUCAGGAGAUCAGCGAGCUGAAGGACAAACUCAAGGUCAGCAGGGAGACCAUCAACCACCUGAAAUCAGAGAUCCGCAGGCUGGAGGAGGACCCGGACCACAAGGACCUGUGACCGGCUGGAGGCCACCCGCUGGAACUGUUGCUGUACAUUUGGAUUUUUACUUUUUUUUUUUUUAAUAAAGUUACACACACAGACGAGGCGGUGAUUCUUCACCAG